GCAACGGAGGAGUGACGCGGAAACAACUAGCACUGGUAGCAUCACAGAGGAAACAUCGAUUGGUAGUUACUAAGGACAAGACGCGAUUGAUACUGAACAAUAUAGUGUUUGGAAAUUGCUAAACAUAUUUCUAAACGUCUUGUAGAAAUACAUUACGGGCAGUGAGCAGAUAUACCAAGAAGAAACCGGUUGUUCGCAAGAUAAGCUAAGCUAACUUAGCUGAAAUAUUAGUAGACGCCCCCUUCACUUAGCCCUAGCCAUUUAUGCUAAAUUUUGGCAUUCUGUCACAUAUUGCUAGCUACUUAGCUUACAGACAUUUCAGAAGUCGAGGUACCAGGAUGCCAGAGGAUUAUUUGUGAACGAUCUCCAGCUACGUGCCAUGUCUCUGGUUUUCCCGCGACCCAACGCUAGUACAGUCCACACCAAGAAGGAUAAGAGACUGAUGGCGGAGGUGAAUGUGUCUCCACUCAAGCAUUUCGUCACAGCUAAGAAGAAGAUCAAUGGGAUCUUUGAACAGCUGGGAGCCUACAUAAAAGAGAGUGCUACCUUUCUAGAAGAUACUUAUAAAAAUGAGGAACUGGAUCCAGUUACCACGGAGGAGCAGGUCCAGGAAGUCCGAGGUUACCUCACCAAAGUAGCAGGAAUUGGAGAGGUGCUAGCCCGCAGACAUAUGAAGGUGGUCUUCUUUGGGAGGACCAGUAAUGGGAAGAGCUCAGUCAUCAAUGCCAUGCUCUGUGACAAAGUGCUGCCCUCUGGAAUCGGACACACCACUAACUGCUUUCUGAGAGUGGAGGGUACCGAUGGCAAUGAGGCCUUCCUUCUCACUGAAGGAUCUGAGGAAAGAAAGAGCAUUAAGACGGUGAACCAGCUGGCCCAUGCUCUUCACCAGGAUGAAGACCUGGAUGCCGGCAGCUUGGUCUGUGUCAUGUGGCCAAAAGCCAAAUGUGCUCUGCUUAGAGAUGAUCUGGUCUUGGUGGACAGCCCAGGUAUCGAUGUGACCACAGAGCUUGACAGCUGGAUCGACAGGUUCUGCCUGGACGCUGAUGUGUUUGUUCUUGUGGCAAAUUCUGAGUCCACACUUAUGCAGACGGAGAAGUCAUUCUUUCAUAAGGUCAAUGAACGGCUCUCCAGCCCUAACAUUUUCAUCCUCAACAACCGUUGGGAUGCCUCCGCAUCAGAACCAGAAUACAUGGAGGAGGUUCGCAGGCAACACAUGGACCGCUGUACAAAUUUCUUGGUGGAUGAACUGGGUGUGGUGGACCGAGCCCAAGCCAGCGACCGCAUCUUUUUUGUGUCUGCAAAGGAAGUACUCCAGGCUCGAGUGCAGAAGGCUCAGGGAAUGCCUGAAACAGGUGGAGCUCUUGCAGAGGGAUUUCAAGCCAGAAUGUUUGAGUUCCAGAAUUUUGAGAGGAGAUUUGAGGAGUGUAUCUCGCAGUCAGCGGUGAAGACCAAGUUUGAACAACACACAGUGAGGGCCAAGCAGAUAUCAGAGGCUCUGCGCCGCAUUAUGGAUUCUGUACAUGUCGCUGCACAGGAGCAGAGCCAUUACUGCCUAGAGACCAAAGAGGACCGUCAGGAUCGAAUGGAGUUCAUAGAUAAACAGUUGGAUCUACUGACGUUGGACUGUAAGGCCAAGAUUAAGAAGAUCACAGAAGAGGUGGAGAGACAGGUGUCUAAUGCCAUGGCAGAGGAGAUCAGGAAGCUUCAUGUUCUGGUCGAUGACUUCCACCUGGACUUCCACCCGUCACUAGUAGUGCUCAAGGUCUACAAGAAUGAACUCCACCGACACAUCGAGGAGGGUCUGGGAAAGAACAUGUCAGAGAGGUGUUCUUCCACCAUCACCGCUGCCCUGCAGGCCACGCAGACUGACAUGAUCGAGGGUUUGAAGCCCCUGCUGCCCAGUGCUGCCAGAGAGCAGGUCGACAAGCUGGUUCCUCGUCACUGCUUCAGCCUUAGCUAUGACCUGGCCUGUGACAAGCUUUGCAGUGACUUUCAGGAGGACAUCAGCUUCCACUUCUCUCUGGGUUGGACCAUGCUUGUCAACCGUUUCCUGGGGCCCAAGAACACACGGCGGGCCCUUAUGGGCUAUAACGACCAGGUCCCGCGGCCAAUGGCCCUCACUCCAGUCAGCACCAGCAUGCCUCCUUUCCCACAAGGUUCUAUGACCCAAGAAGAGUUAAUGGUCUCCAUGGUGACGGGCCUUGCAUCUCUCACCUCACGUACCUCCAUGGGUGUUCUGGUGGUUGGCGGUGUGAUCUGGAAGGCGGUGGGCUGGCGUCUCAUAGCCCUGUCGGUGGGUCUGUAUGGGCUACUCUACAUCUAUGAGCGGCUCACCUGGACAACCAAGGCUAAGGAGAGGGCCUUUAAGAGGCAGUUUGUCGAAUACGCUAGCGAGAAACUUCAGCUGAUCGUCAGUUACACAGGAUCCAACUGUAGUCAUCAAGUCCAACAGGAGUUGGCCGGCGUAUUUGCUCAACUUUGCCAGCAGGUGGAUGUGACGCGUCAGAACCUUGAGGAUGAAAUUACUGACAUGAACAGUAAGAUUGACCUGCUGGACAGUCUGCAAAGCAAAGCCAAGCUGCUCCGGAACAAGGCAGGCUGGUUGGACAGUGAACUCAACAUGUUCACCCAGCAGUACCUCCACCACAGCAAGUAAGACUGCAUCCACCUGGAGGACUGCAUCUGUCAACACACCAAACUUAUAGGACAUCCUUGGUUUUAUUUUUAAAGUUAAUGACAAUUAACGGGAUGACAGAAAUGAAAGGUACAGUUGGGACGCUGGGAAGUCCGCGGUCACAAAAAAGACCACCAGAUCAACUCUUAAAUUUCAGAAAGAGAAAUAAGCAAAAAGGGAUUAAAAUCCAUGUGGAGCUCAGUGUGAAAAGGACCCUUACUGCUCUAUGCCUCAUUCCUGCCUUUCCUGAGACGGUGCAGCUGAGGUGGACAGUCUCUGCUGUACUGUCCUCUGUCCUGCUGAGGCUCCACUGUGUCCUUUUUCUCCGUUCCAGUUACCUGUAGAUGGAUGGAACAUUAGCCACACAAAGCAAAAGGCCAUUUGAAUGAGGGAAUUGAACAAAGCGGUCUUAGUUUAGAACGAUAAUAGAAAAUGGGUAGCGGACAAAAAACAUGGAAUGAAUCAGUUCUUCCUGGUGUACAUGAGCACUCUGACUGUCAACCCUGGUUCAGCGUUCUAUAUUCACUGAGUUUGUGGAGUUUGUUAGGAAAGUUUGCCACAGGGAAGACACUAUUGUGUUGACAUGAUCACAUUUGCCUCGGGCAGAGAAAGACAACUCUUCACUCUCACUGCUUCGUGAUGUGAGCACUACUUAGAAUUAUUCGUAUCAGUUCAGCUGUGGUUUAGUCUGGAUGAGCUUUUUAUGGUCACAAAGUGGACAUAGACUAAUGAGUGGGUUGUUAUGCAGUAACCAACUAUGAGAUGAUAUAUGGCCUAUGUAACUGGUACCACUCCCUAUAGGUCAGGGAUAGUAAACCUAGCAAAGGAUUAUCUUGUGUUAAACACCUGGUUUAAGCAGUAAGGUUCAUAAACAUACAUUAAUGCAGUAAUAAAAAAACUCAUGUUUCAUAAUGGUUUUGUCAAUAAAUCAGUGCAGAUCCAAACAAAGUGUACAGAAUGUUAUCAGAUCAUAUUAAUCAUUUCAUUCUUGUUCAGGUGUCUGAUAAGAGGCAGAAAAGUAAAUGUGAACAGCUGUAAAGGGAAAUAUCUGGAUGCAAGCACCUAUGAGGCCUAAAUGGACACUGACUACAUACUGGGUCACAGUAACUGUGUUUCCAAAAUAUGAAGGAGUUGUAGUACUACCAGAUAUUAUUCAUACUUUAUCGAAGAUGCAGCAAACAGCCGAGUUAAAUGUAUAUAAUGUCAGAAUUUUAUCAAAAAAUGUUUCCAACAUUUCCCCUUGUGUAAAAAAAAAAACACCCCAGGCAAGUGUUUUUUUGUGAAAUUGAUAGUUAUUCUAAAUGGUUGCAUUUUCCGUAUAUAUCUUCUGAUGUAAAACUUCAUAUUUCACAUUAAUAUCUAUAUGGAAACACCCAUUGCAGUAUGAUGUUCUGUGACGUUCACAGGUUCAUUGGUCUGCUGUGUGCCUGAUGACCCUGGUACCAGGCCCCAUAAAAACAAGGGAAAUGUAGUUUAUGAUUGGACAACAGUCACAUAAGCUAAUUUAUGAUGUCAUGGCCCAUACCUAACUGUUCCGAGAAGGUGCAUUUUUUUUUUUUUUUUUUUUUUUUUUUUUUUUUUUAAGUUUUUUGACUGACAACAGAGCUCUGUGGCACAUGAGAAAAACUGUUUGGGUCUGCACAUGGGAUAAUUCUGACUAAAAAAAAAAGAAAAUCCCUCACCAUUAUGAUCAGUUUCCACUGCAAAAUCCCACCUGUAGGUUUUCAGAGAAACAUUCGUACUGUUGUUUCUUGCCUAUGUGUCUUGUGGAUAAUACUCCGUAUGCUUGGAUGCUUUUAUUUUGCACUAAAUGCGUCUGUGGGUCAGACGACAGAGCCUGGAAAGUAAUCUAUGCAUCUGUUGUGCUCAUGAUGUUUUAAAAGAAAGUGCCACCAAUCUGGAUCUAUAUAUAUUUAGGAACUUUCACAUCUUAUUUACCACUAGGCUGAAUAAAAGUAUCUGCCUUGUGAAUAGAAACAUGGGGCAGAAUGAGAUGAACUCAGAGUGACUGUCUAGUUCAUUUUGGUUUCACUGACCAAUGCUAAAAGACGCCAUACACCAUAUGUUGCCAAGUGAGAAGAAAAGAUGCCUAGAAUGCUUUUUUAAAGGAUUUCUCUAAAAUGUAAAACCACACUAGUUGUGUUUAGUUGGAUAUGAGACAGUAAAAGGUAACUGCAUGCAGUGAUUGUUGUAGUUUUUUGUCUUGCUCAAAUGUUUAAGAUCAUGUAUGUCUGUAAAAAUAAUCUAAAUUAUAAAUAUUUAAAAAAUGCAUAAAUGAAUAAAAGGUUGCACAGUC